GCAGAUACGUUAGCACCGAUACUAGUGCCAAUUGCGAUAGUUCCAUAUUAAAUCUCGUACCAGUAACACGAAACUAAGAGAACAUUUCCUUUUCUUCGUUCUGAUCAUUUUUAUCCGCAUUGCAAUCCGCAAAAAUGAGGAUUUUCGGAAUGCAGCUAUUUGUGGUUGUACUGGCACUUGGAUGGAACCACCUCGACGCCCUGGACACGAAGCUGAUGAAAAUCUGUGUGUCCAAGAAAACCUGCGAGAGUUGUUUAGAGACCAAUUCGUAUUGUGCAUGGUGCAGCGACUGGUCGUACUCGAACUACACGAUGGGUAAACCGAGAUGCAACUUGCCGGAAAGCCUGGAGGCGUUCGGCUGCAAUCGCGAAGAGAUUCGCAGAGCUUCGAAAGGCUCGAAGAAGGUGCUGGAGAACCACGACUUCCAAAACGUCAUAGGGUCCGAUCAGGCACCCGUGCAGCUAAAACCGCAGAAGAUCGAAGUGAGGAUCCAGCCGCGCACGAAGAUAUCAAUUCCUCUGCAUUAUAGACUAGCUAAGAACUAUCCUCUCGAUCUGUACUAUUUGAUGGACCUGACACUUACGAUGCAGGACGAUCAAAUCACGCUGGUGAGACUGGCCUGGAACAUAACGCACACGCUGCGGAUGUUCACCGAGAACUAUCGUCUCGGGUUCGGCAGCUACGCUGACAAACCGUUGAUGCCUCUGGUGUUUUCGGGACACCAGGACAAUCCUUGCAAGAGCGCGUACAAAGAUUGCGAGCCGCUCUAUGCGUUCCGACAUCGACUGAGCCUGACCAGUGACAUUCAGCAGUUCAUCGAAAAGAUCGAGGACAGCCGUAUUACCGGAAACGUGGACAAUCUGGAGGCAGGAAUGGAUGCCGUGGCUCAGGCUAUAGUCUGCGCGGAGAAGAUCGGCUGGGGUUAUCAAUCGCGAAAAAUCAUUCUGAUGGCCACCGACGGGUUGCUGCAUUUCGCCGGGGACGGCAAGCUGACGGGCACGGUGGACCGUUCGGAUUUCCAGUGUCAUCUGGACGAGAACGGAAUGUACACCAUGUCGGAGAAAUUCGAUUACCCAUCUCUGGCAGAGGUGUCGAGGCUGCUGAGGGACAAUAAGGUCAAUCUGAUAUUCGCUGUGACGGAAGACCGGCGUUUGGAGUACGAGUUAAUGGUUGACUUGUUGCAAGAGAAGGCGCGAGUCGCCACGUUGGCUCAGAACAGCUCGAACAUCCUGCAGAUCAUCAACAACGCUUAUCACGAACUGAUCACGAAAGUUGUGCUACGGGACAAUUCGACAAGUCCGCUUCGCGUGGAGUACUUUUCAAAUUGCGGAAGGACAGAUGAAGAGAAAAUUAGCACAUCGGAGUGCAGAGGGAUAGAAGAGGGCAAAGUGUAUGACUUUUCGUUGGUACUUUCCUUUGACGAAUGUCCAAGGAACGAAAGUGCAUUGCAACAAAGAAUCGUGAUCGAGGACGCGCUAGCAUCCGAAGCCUCUAAAAUCGUGAUCGACGUUGAACUCUUAUGCGGGUGCAAGUGCAAGGACUCCGUUUAUUCGCGUUGCGUGCACGGUUCCGAUGAGUGUGGCUUCUGCAAAUGCCAUUUCGGAUGGUCCGGAGAGUAUUGCGACUGCAAUCAAAUCAGCCCGGUAGAUAAUGAACAGCAAUGUAUCGCUCCCACUGCUACGACCAUUUGUUCGAAUCGAGGGGAAUGCAUUUGUGGCAGCUGUAUCUGCGAUGAAGAAUACUCGGGACGGUUUUGCGAAUGCAGCCCAUGCGAGCAGUCCGAUGGCUUGGAAUGUGGUGGAAAAGGGAUAUGCGACUGCGGCACCUGUAGUUGUUUGCCAGGCUGGAAAGGUGACACCUGUGAAUGUCCAACGAUGAGCGAGCUUUGUAUGGCUCCAGGGAGCGAACACAUCUGCUCUGGUAACGGAGACUGCGAUUGUGGCGAGUGUCGGUGCAAGUCCGUCAACAACGUUGAUUAUUCGGGCAAGUAUUGCGAGUUAUCAAUCAGCUCGGUCCCGAAUAGCCUCUGUGCAUUGUACAAUGGCUGUGUGAACGCUACCAUCGAAGAGCCGCAAAGAAUCGACGAAAAUUGUCGGACAAAUAAGACUGACUAUAACACUACGAUAAUAGGCUCCGUGGAUAGAGGUCACGAACAUUACUGUUUUGUGAGGACUGUUAAAGAGGACCUGGUAUGCACGAUACCGUACGUGUACGAGUUUCAGACGAACGAUAUCGUCUUGCUGAAAAUAGGAGAGAAGGUAUGCAGUAGGCCGUUACAAGCAACUGCGAUGUUCGGCUGCAUUUCCUUGGCAAUAGUGGUCCUCGGAAUGAUGGUUGUAAUGAUUUGGAGAGUUUGGACGUUUAUACAAGACAGACAGGAGUUCGCAAAGUUUCAACUAGAACAAAGUAGAACUGUGUUCAGUUCGAACCAAAAUCCUCUCUAUAAAUCUGCAACAUAUAGAUACGAGGUUCCGCAGAUGUUGAAAGAGGAUUAAAAAAUGUUAUGCAGUCUCGGUAGAAUCAGUGGUAUUCAGGUAUAACAUCAUGUCGUCCCAGAAAUGGUUUCCAGAUGACAACGUAAUUGUCUGCAACCGAGAUUAUGGUAUUACCUUUUAUGGUAGAAAAUCAGUUUGGGCAUGUUACAAAAAUUGUAUUACCUGAUUUGACAAUUCUUCAAGUAUCCACUUGUACCCAAGAGGCUCUCUAUAAAUAAUGUCUGUCAACGGUAUAUUACAAAACCAAAUUGCUUCCAGAGAGGAUCCAUCAGGAAACACGUAAGUUCCCCAGCCAUUCAUGGUCCCAUUUGAGUCAAUGUUACCUCGAUAUUCGGCCUUAUUAUUAUAACUGAAAUCACGAAGCACUAAUUAAUAAUCUUUAUCCCGAAUUUAUAACUAUAUCAUAUUUACCGAAUGUGUAUUACACCGUCAUUAAAUGCAUCGUUGUUCCACUCA